AUGAGAAUUACAUCCACAUACUUACAUGGUCUUUAUUACUUGUCAUCUAGGAUGAAGGCUAAAUUUCUGUCCGGAAUGUUGUAUUCAACGUUUCGCCUGGGCCGUUCUUCUGUGCACCCCGGCUGCCAUGGAAAAUCUACAAGAAAAUUUUCAGAGAAGGCAUCUGGUCCAGUGACUCAAAGAAUGCAAUGUGCCAAGAAGUAUGAUCGCGCUGAGGAUUUGGUGUGUCCAGUACAAUACUUUAAAGAAGAGUUAGGGUUCCUAAAAUCUCUGGAUGAGAAUGAACUUCUCGGAGCAGCUGAAAAGAAAGGCAGGUCUGAGGUCAGGAUGGAGGUAGCGAGAGCAGCAAGAUCGCUGCCUGAGCUCAUCUUGAAGAGACAUGCUAUUGGAAUAGCCUGUGGUGACAGCCUGAAGCUAAGCAAUAUCAGGAUUUCGAGGUCUAUUGGCAAGUUCGUAUUUGUCGAACCCCCAAAACCUACGGAUAGAUGCCUUAGGCUCGUAGAUGACUUCAGCCGUGGGGCAGAUGUAUUGGAGGAGCUAGCAAGCUCAGUUUUGGGCCCUGGUGCUCGGAUGCCGAAGGUCUGGGAUGAUUUCCUUGACAAGUUAAGAGAGCAAUGCCCAAGAGUGCACAUCAUAAUGUAUCACUCACUCUUCUUGUCAUUGAAUCUGAGGUAUUGUCUAAGGGUCAUUGUGGAUCAGCGGUUCCGCAAGGACUUCGGUUCACUGAAGAAGGAGCAGAAGGAUGCUAUCCGGAAGUUCAUUGAAAAACUUGGCAUGACGCGCAAGGAGGAUCUGCCCUCGCUCCUGCUCAGGAAUGAGUUUCUGAAGUUUGUCUCGUUAAGGUCAAGAAAGGGCGCGCAGGGAAGACGCGGGAAAUCAAAUUCACAGCUGAGCACCCAGGAGGCAGUCUGGAGUGACAAAGGCCGAUCCAUCAUAGCCUUCAACAGAGAUGGCGUCGUCCAUGGUUGCAAGGACGAUCCGAAUGACAAGGAGAUAGCAGCUAUGCCCAACAUCCAGAAGCACUGGAGGACUCAGGAGAAUGUCAUCCAGUUACUGUGUGAGGAGUUUGAGCUUCUUGAUCAGUCAUACAUCGAGCUGUGUGAUGACGAUGAGAAGAUACUGUGGAAACUGGUGAGAAUAUGGGAGCUCUUUGGCGAGACUGAAGGCUAUUGGCAGGCUGCCAUUGCUGCAUUACAUGAAGAGUCAAAAGCUUCACUGGCGAACGGUUCAACCAAGUGUGAGGUGGAGUAG